AUGACGGCGUACAUAAGGCAAGAUGAGGCCGCUACAAUUCGAGUGACUAACCUGUCUCAAGAUGUGCAAUACUCUGAUCUACGGGAUUUGUUCCGGCCCUUUGGUCAGAUCGCUAGAAUUUACCUGCCCAAGGACAAGGUCACUGGCCAGUCGAAGGGAUUCACAUUCAUCAAUUUUCUGCACCGUGAAGAUGCUGCACGAGCUAUUGCUACUGUCAAUGGCUAUGGAUAUGACAACCUCAUUCUUUCUGUGGAAUGGGCAAAGUAAGAGUGCAGCUGCAUCACUGUACUGUACUUAAUUGUAACCAUAUUAUGCAUAACCGACCCCGAGAGGUUGUGGAGUUGGAUAUUAAACAUUGAGAUGUGAUUUUACUUCUGUUGCAGUAGACUAAUAAUGCAGUGAGAAGGGUCUGCUUUAUUGGAUGUGUGUGUGCUAUACAAAAUUAGAGCCACGCUAUGUUGCAAGGUGAAUUUUGUAGGCUUGUGCGAAUAUUUGAAUGCUUUGAGUAUUUGUACCAAUAGUAGAGUAUUCAAAUUUAUUUCAGUUAGAAUUUAAAUUAUUGAAAAUUUCAAAGUUUGCAAUGAACUAAUAAAUGUAUAUCAGUCCACCCAUAAUCACCUGUAAAGGUGGCUUCACUGCAGAGUAGAGAUGUUAAACCAUGAAAGAAUCUGUCUAAGGGAAAUCCGCUCUGCCCCGAAGCCCCACUUCAAAUUGAAAGGAGCUCUGCAACACUCAGCAUGGUGAGAAAACGCUGCCGCUCGGUGGUCGAGGCCACCAAGAACACGUGAGCCAAAUAUUAUAGUGCAGGAUGUUGCCUGCAUUUCACAAUAAAUUCUCAAAGUCAGUUAAAAAUUGCUCACUUUUCUGAGCAAAUAACGCCACAAGCUCAAAAAUCAAUCGGCACAGCCGUUGUAUCAGCCAUUGCCUGGUUUGAGCACGGCGCGCUCGGCCUUACUGGGGCCGCCGCGGGAAGCCGCCUCUUGUACAGGCGUAAGUGAACAAUCUCCGUGAAAAGCAGCAUACUCAAAAAGAAAAAAAGAGAGAGAAAAAGUGCUCAAAAGUCAUGAUGCACGUGUGAUGUAUUUUCUUUCCCCAUGCCAUCCCUCCAUGCUUUGCCUCCAGCGCUUUCGUCUGAACGAGAAGAGAGAAUGCAGUUACAGCGUGCGACAAAUCUCUGAAACUCCGCUCAUACUGGAAGGAUUCUAAAAAUUUCUGUCGUGG